CUGAUGUUGCGGCGGCGCAUUUUCCCGAGGAAGUGUCAUCAUUACGUUCCCAUCCCACGCACAGCGCGUGGGCCGGAAUACGCUCCUUGCCACGUGUCAGCCCCUCGUUGGUUCCUCCAUCGGUGUUCCCCCUAUAAAUGCUGGGUUUGCCCUCUGAAUUAGGGUUCCCAAUUUCUGCUCUUUUGCUCUCGAUUUUCCGCAGCUCUUCAAGUUUCCUGAAUCCGGCCAACCAUACCUUUGUAAGGUAAUUUCCCCCCUCUGCUUCUUUCCUUUACUCUGAUUUCUAGCCGGAAUGACUUCGAUGGAGAUUUCCUCAAGUUCUGAUUCCGGUUCGUCGGGUUCCUCCUCGGGCUCCUCUUCUGAAAAUGCUAAUGCACGCUCCCUGGGAAAAACUAGUGUUUCCGGAACCUCUGGUUCGGCCACGACGGUGGGGACCAUCCGGGCUGAUGGCGAGCCGGAUGAUGUGCCUCAAGAUAGUGGGAGCGACGCCGGGGACGGGAACGCCGAUGGGGCAGUGGAUGUUAUUGAUGCAGUCCCCCUGAAUGAGCGUCCUGCUGAUUAUGAUUCUGGAGAGGAAGCCGAAUCCGGUUCUGAUAUGGAGGUGUAUGAUCUGGGUAUCCCCACGGAUAUGGAGCGUCACAUCUGCCCGAUUAGGAGCGCCCUUGACCACGACCAAGUCCUCUCCCGUGUGGCCCUCAAUAAAAUCCGCACCUUCCUUCCUCCGCCGUUCGUCUGGAGCGUGAGAGGCGCUGAGCAUGUGAUGAGGAGACGUCCGGGGAUGAUCAUGCUCCACCUGGAUUCCGUUGAAGCCGGGCUGCGGUUUCCACUUCAUGCGUUUUAUGUGGAGUUCUUCCACUGCUUCCAGGUGGCUCCGGCGCAAUUCAUGCCAAAUUCUUACCGAUUCAUAUCGGCCUUCUUGGUGCGCUGCCAACUUGCGGGGGUCGACGCCACUUUGGAGCUCUUCCAUUAUUUCUACCGCGUCACUCCUCAGAAUGCCGACGGGUAUCUGAGCGUGGCCGCACGUCCUGGGAGGCGGCUGUUCAAGAACUACCCCUCGUCCAUCCACGACUGGAAGAACCGCUUCUUCUUCCUUCGAUACGACGGGCCUCCUCUCCCUCUCCGGUGGAAUGGGUAUCCCCCAAAGAUUGAGUCAUCGGAGCCGACCGACGAUCUGCUUUUGGAUGCGGAGAAGGUGUUGGAGGGUGGCGUCCGUCCCAUAGCCGGAUUUCUGACCUUCGAGGCACUCUCUGGGGCAGGCAUAGGUACCGCCCGUGUUCCUGGACUUUUUCUACCCUUCGACGCUCGUUUCGGGGCCCGGGCGGUCCUGUCCUUCGAGGUGAGUGUCUUAUUCUACUUCCCGCUCGGCUUCUAAUACUUGUUGUUUCUUGCAGGUCCACCGCCCGAUAGAGACCAAAUGAAUCACGCCGAGUGUCUGAAGACCAGGAAAGCCAAGGCGGCCGCGGCUAAAGCUGCGAUGGCGAAAGCCAAAAACGCCCCCGCCUCGGAGUCCAACUCCUCGGCCUCUGAUGCUGCCAGGCGAACCGCCGAGGGUGAGCAACAUUUAAUUGCCACCAUGCUGGCCCAGGGUUCCGGGGCCCCUGCUCUCGAAGCCGCCCUUCCGCCGCCGGUCGUCCCCACGAAGACGGCUCCUCAGAAGGGGACAGAGAGGGUCCCUGAGAAGAAACAGAAGCGGGGCCGCGAGGCAGGCUCCACUGGCCCCCUUCUUGAAGAUGCCGGGUCCCUGCCUUUGAGCCGCCCGGCGGAAGAACUUUGGAGGGAGAUGGCCCUCAAGGCCGGUCUCGAGCUGCCCCGCCGUUCGUCGUCCGAGGCUACAAGCGCUGCGCUGGCCGCCGCUCUUCAGUCUGGGCUCCUUGUCCUUCAAGCUGAAGCUGCCCGGGAGGCCGACCUGAAGGAGGCCAAGGCUAAAGCUGACGCGGCCGUUGCCGAGGUACGGGAGGCCGCCCGUCGAGCUGAGGCGGAGGCCGCAGCCAAAGGGAGGGAGAUUGCCGCUCUGCAGGCUGAGUCCCACAGCCAGAUGGCCGGCCUUGAAAGAGCCGGUUUUAAGCUUGUUCCGGUGCUCCCUGCCGCCAAGGAUGCCACUCCGGAGUGGUUGGUUGACACCUCCGGCUACCGGAACACUGGGGAGUUCAUGGACUCUGCCAAGGACUACUGCGCCGGGGUUUUCGCCGAUUUGUUCGCCGCAGCUCUGGAGAAGAUUCCGCCCCGCCAGCGCCUGGCCCGCGGCGUCCGGAUCCUUGAGGGCUCCCCCCUGUCUCGCAAGUUCCUAUAUGAGGUCGGCGACAGCACCUUCGCCGCCGGCUAUAAUGAAGGGGUAAAGGCCACCCUACCCACAUUCGCCAAGCUGCUGGGGCCUGAUUUUGACUUGGCGGCCAACACGGAUGACGAUCUCCUAAUCCAGGCGCUAGGGAAACUGAGGAGGGAUCAGCGCCGGGAGGAGGCCAAGGCCAGGGGGGAGAUUCCAGAGCCGCCGACCCCCGAGCCUGAGGAAGAGGAGGAGGAGCCGAACAAGGGCAGCAGCCGCCCAGGGUCCCCUUUCUUUGUAUAAUGUCAUUUACAUUUUUCCAUCCCGGCUAUUGUAAUGUCCGGCCGUAAGCGCCGAAGAAUACAGACGUCUUUUUGCCCCAUGAUUGUUCUAUGUUCAUGAUUUCUGCCUCGUUAUUUUCUUCCUUUUGUCCUUUGUUGUAUGGAAACUCCCCCUUUGCUCUGGGAACAUUCUCCGUCGCCUGGUCUGCGCGGACGUUCAUCUCUGUUCCUCACUUGGCUUGGGGGCAGGGGCGUUCCUCUGCCAAAAC